CAUAUCAUAUCAUGCGCAAUCAACACAUCACGCCUCAUAUCCGGUUGAAAUUUUGUUAGGAACUUCCGAGUUGAAAAUUUUGGGCUAAUAAAGCUCAUUAAUUAUGGCCAGGGAAUAUGAUCACUUAUUUAAACUACUCAUAAUAGGAGACAGCGGUGUUGGAAAAAGCAGUCUCCUGUUGAGGUUUUCAGACAAUACAUUCUCAGGUACAUACAUCACAACUAUAGGAGUAGAUUUUAAGAUUCGUACAGUUGAUGUCAAUGGUGAAAAAGUUAAACUUCAAAUCUGGGACACAGCUGGUCAAGAGAGGUUCAGAACGAUAACAUCAACGUACUACAGAGGGACUCACGGUGUGAUUGUCGUGUAUGAUGUCACGAGCGGGGAAUCGUUCGCCAAUGUUAAGAGGUGGCUUCAUGAGAUUGAUCAGAACUGUGAUGUUGUUAAUAGGAUUUUAGUGGGUAAUAAAGAUGAUGACUCUGAUAGGAAAGUUGUACUCACUCAAGAUGCCCAGAGGUUUGCGGAUCAGAUGGGAAUCCAGCUUUUUGAAACUAGUGCCAAAGAAAACAAGAAUGUAGAAGAAAUGUUUUUAGCCAUCACAAAACUAGUCUUAGCGACAAAAAAAGAACAAAUGAAGAAAGCAGCAGAACAGCCAGCCGAGUCAAUAAAACUGAACAAGAAGUCCACGGGCGGGGGAGGGGGCAAAAUGCGCUGCUGUAAAGCAUGAAUGCUCAUAGACCUAGUGUGUUAACGAAUUCUUUUAACACUUGUGAAAUAAGCUGAUGGUGCAAGAUGAAACAUAGCAAAACAAAUUUGGGGACUCGUAAUAUUCAGUGAUAGAAGCAGUAGAUUUCCGUGUUGUUCAGGUGAACUCCUGUGGCUUGUGUUGUCCUUGCUGUGGGAAUAAAAUAAAGAGACUGGAUUUUUUAACUUCUGAGAAAAUUUUAUUACCAUUAUGACAUAAUUUUUUUUUAUCAAGGUAUAUACAACAUUUUUUGUAUUAUUGAUUACUGUUGAUUUACUAUUGUUUGUUAUUUUCUGAUUUUCUUAAAAAAUAAUCAUAAUUGUGUUGUUAUUUAUUUCACUUAUUAUGUAACUCAUACAGCAUAGUGUAAGAAUGUAAAUUGUAUGCACUGUCUUUAAAUAUCUGUUAAAAUUAUUGUAUACUUGUAGAUAGAACAACAUGCAUUCCCAAUAUUGUAGUUUUUUUUUUAAUUUCAAUUGCAAUUUUUUUUCCUGUUUUCUCUCAGUGAUCCAAUGUGCUACAAUCCAAGUAAAUUUUGAUAUUUUUUUAAUUGUUGUAUUUUUUCACAGGGUUUAGAAGGUCUUAUCACGAGUAAAUAUCAUAUAUGCCUAUACAUGAAUUGUAUUUUGUGUUAAUAGAACGAGACCAAAUUUAUCUUUUAUUAUUCAUGCUGAUAUACAUGAAACUACAAAAUUAAUGUAAAAUAUACUGGGUAAAUUCAGUAUUUUUUUUUUAGAUACAGAAAAAGAAUAAUUUUGUUUAUUUUAUGAAGAAGAUUUGUGAUUCCAAACUUUAAACUAAUGUAUACUGGGAAUUUUUCACACACAUUUUAUUUUCGCCCCUUUCACCCUUUUCGCCCUACCCUCAUUUGGGCGAAUUUAAAAUGGGGCGUAUUCAAAGAAUACAGUAUAAUUUCGUAAAUAAAACUAUAAAUGGUCGAUUUUAAAACAGGUCAAAAUUGUCUGAAAGUGUGAAAGGGCAAAAAUGACUUGGGGCAAAAAUAACCCUGUAUACGUAUAAACUCUAUAUUUGUUUUGUAUAUGUUCUGUAGUCAAUCGUGACUGUAGAUGGUAAUGUCAUCAAUUUCAGAAAUGGGUGGAGAACUGGCAAAAUUAUCCCAUUUUAUUGUCAGGGGUUCAAUUUAAACAUUACAAAAAAAUAUUACAUAAUAGUAUGAGAAAAUUUUGUUAUUUGUACACAUUUAUUUUUUUCUGAAAAACUAAUUUUUAAAGUUACCAGGUAUCUGAAAUGUUAUUAGAAAAACAUUUCAUUUUUAUUUCUUCAAAUAAACAUGUAUAUACAUUUUCAAUUUUUUGCAAGAAAUGGGAAAAUACAAUUUAGUCUAAGGCUUAGGACUUAGAUUGAAAUACAUAUAUGAGUAUUUACAGAUAAGAAGGGGAAUAUCAAAUUGUGUGAAACAAAAGGGGGACAGUCAUGUUGAUUUAUAUUAUUUAGCAAAUAUUUGCAUUGUUACAUUUUUGUAAAAGAAAAAUUGUGUUUAAUAUGAUGAGAUGUUUUGCUCUAAUUUUGCAUCUAAACUUAAGAACUAUAGUUCUGCGCAAAUGCUUCCUUUUGUGUGUAUGUAGUUUGAUAGCAUCUCAUAAUGCCAAACAUAAUGUGCAAUCAUGUGUUUUACGAAUUCUGAAAUGUUUCUUGUGCACACUAAGCUGCCAUGGUCAUGUUAUCAUCAAAUGCCACUACAAGUAUUUUUAUUAAUGGCGCUGAUGCUAAUUUUUUUUUUUUUGGCUGUGACAUUUUGACUUUGUUUGAUUUAAUGCAAAAAUGCUUGUUAUUAUUUUUAAAAAUGGAUGAAAUAUUAAGUUGGGAGGUACACGUAGUGAUGUUCAGAGUAGUUAUAAUUUACUUUUGAACAUAUGAAAAUUCCUGAGAUUUCCCAACGGGUUAUCAUUUAAAGCAAGAUUUCUUUUGUUGUAUUAACAGUACUUCCACUGUACUCUCUCACAAAUCACUCCGUUCAUGAAGACUCAUCAUUUCUACUUAUAAAAAGGGAUUACUUCAAAAGACCUAAUAGUGGUCACUAAUGGUUUGUGAUGAAUUUUUCUUUUCAAAUAUUUCCUUUGUAUUGUGUGAUAUUUUGCAAGCUGAUUUAGUGGAUUUCAGACAAACAGAAAAAUCUGUAGCAAGUUUGUAGCGUGGCAGUAUUGGUGUUUAAUACAGAGUAAUGUCCUUUGCAUGUUUAAAUCAGUUUAUAAAGUAAAUACUAGUAAUUCUGCAACUGUUAUAGUUAUUAGUAUUUAUUGACAUAGCAAUAAGUAUCUCUAACAUGUGUCAUGUAUACAUAUAUGUUCUAAAGAAUCCUUAAUAACUUUUGUGAUAUGAUUUAUUAAAACAUGUAUGAAGAA